AUGAGUGUGCUUAGUUCAGGAGAUGAAUACACAGAAGAUGAACUUCUGCAAGUGUGCGAGGAGAUGGGUUUGCCAUUUGACUCCGAAAACAUCGCUAUUCUGAAGCAAGCGAUUGAUGAGCUGAUCGCAGAAUCAGACUUCGGAGCAGAAGACUUUUUCUUGGACGCUUCGCUCUUCGGGAGUCUCAGUCUCUCAACUUCUUCGCAGUCGGCAGGAGCUAAUGCUCAUAGCAGUCAUGAAACUAGACAAUAUAAUCCCACUGCUUAUUUUCUUCUCAACGAUGCUUUCCGCUGUUUGAACAGCGUCUACGGGACGAUGGCAAUUGUGGAGGAUUUGCAAAAGAAGCUGACUUCUUCUCGAUCUUCUGGUCGCUCAUCUCAACGUAAUGUUUCACGAAAUACUUCAAGCGAAGCAAACGAUAACAAAGAAAACGAGUCGACGAGGAAAUCUCGUAGUUGUGCUCCUCCUCGUACGGCGACAUAUUUGCCUUCAACGACCGAAUCCAAUGCAUCUGAAGAGGAUAGUGAAGGAAUAUUUCCCGCAGAGAAGCUUCAGCCUGAUCCAAGUCUCCGUCCCGUUCAUCAGUUCGUUCCAGGCAAACUCCUUUACCGCCAUGAUCCUGUCAAAAAAUUCGAGCUUUACAGAGAAGAGUGGGCAAGGAAGCCGGCUCCAGGUGAAGAGAAACAUCUUGCUUUACGGUGGAAAGUGCGUGAGCAUAUGUUGAGGCAGAAUUUACCUGAUUUCGAUCCGAAUAAGCCCACUCGUCCCUAUACGAUACAUCCAAAGGACUGGUCUCCGCGGCCGUACCUCGACUAG